GAACAAAACAGGGAAGUUUGCACACUUCCUGCAUGCGAUCAGUUUAAUGUCAGGAUGUUUUACUUUUUUCUUUAAAUAUUUGUUAAUUUUUUUAGCGACACUAGAUUGAUUUGACACCAGCAAUGGAUUCUAAAAAUAAGACCUCGGGACCCUUGAGGCGAUCGACAAGGCAGACGGGGAAAGUACUAAGCGUUGAGCCGACCCCCAGGGGUCCUCUCAAACGAACCAGAAAGACAUCAGAACCUCAGCCGUCACCUGCAGUCAAAGGUGCAAAAAGUGUGGAGAACGGCUUCGAUGAUGAAGAGUCUCCUAGCAAGAAGCACCGGUUGGGCACUGGAGAAGAAGAUGGUGACAACCUUAAUGGCGACACCAUGGAGGUCCAGGAAUCGGUCAAAGAAAUGGAGAAUGAUCAGGACCUGGAAAUGGAUACAGUUGAGGAUCCAUUAAAAGAGACCAGUCAACUCAAAAUAUACAAAGACAGCUUCGGAGAUGUGAACCUUUCCCCCCGUGUCGUUCUCCGCAAACCCUUCCAGAUAAGAGAGCCUCCGUAUGAGGAGUCACAAGGACUGAAGCCCAUUAAAGCUGAAAUAAAAGUACCUGCACUGCCCACCAAGGCUCAGUCACAUCUCAGACCACCAGAGAAAAGAUCUGACUUGCCCAACACCAGUAUGGACGAGUAUAGGAGAACAAUGGAGGCCAAAGCCAGGAGUGCAGCCUUGUCAUCUCUGGAUGUACGAAGAGUUAACCAAUUCCCCAGAGGUGCAAAUCCAGCUUCGGAGAAAAUGUAUGCAACGAGACCUCUUGAAAACAACAUUCCAGCCAAAAGAGAAGCCGAUCGUCUUAAAAAACAAGAUGCAACAAAGAAGCCGGCUGCGCCCAAGAUAAGUUCUGGAAACUCCUGUAGAGGUUUUGGUUGGUAUCUGUGGCGCUUGGUUUUCUUGGUGCUGCUCAGCUCUGCCACCCUGCUGGCUUACAGGAUCCUCCCUGUGCUCCGAAGUAAAGGAGCCGCAGGAGGAGGGCAGGGACUCCGGGAAGUGAUUACGGAAAAGUUUCACGGGCGCUUUUCGCUUCUACAGUCUAAGUUCCCGAGUCAGCGAGCCGAACUGUGGAGGAGAACCCAGAUCCUCCUGGAGAACCACCUCAAAACCGCUGAGCCGACAGAGCCAGUGAGUCUGAUCUUCGUCGCGGGCCUCAAAGCGGAGAAGACUCUGCGGUGCUUGGCCCGCGCCGUGGCCGCCACUUACUCCUCUGCCCGUAACGGCUCGGUCCUCGUCGUCGACGGGGCGAGUAAAGCCGGCCAGGACGGCGACAAGGUCAAGCUGGACGUCGACAACCAGCUGCGGGCGGCUUUUGAGGGGGACAAACCGGCGGCGGUCAUCCACCGCUUCGAGGAGCUGCCUCCGGGCUCCACCCUCAUUUUCUACCGUUACUGCGACCACGAGACGGCCGCCUACAAGCAGGUGCUCCUGUUGUUCACGGCGCUGCUUCCCCAAGACGAGAUCAGCAGCGAGCUGAGCCUGAAGGAGGCGGAGGAGAUGGUCCAGGACCACGUCGAGGAAAAGCUGGUGGGCUCCACGGGCAAAGCCGACUUCAAUGAAAUGGAUAUCGACAAGUUCGGCGGGCUGUGGAGCCGCAUCUCCCAUCUGGUCGUGCCUGUGGUGUCGGAGGAGGAGGUGGAGCAGGGAGGGUGCCCAUGAAACCUGUUUUCUGAGCGGGACAACCACAGAGAACUGAGACACGUUUUUACGCACAGACUUCGUUUAAAACAUCUGAAGGGUGCAUCGAUUGCUCUGACAGAGAUGAGGUCCUGCUGAAUUUGCAGUUUUGUGAUGGGUUUUUUUUUUAAUUGAAGAACAAAUUUAUCUAAAGCGGUGAACUUCUAAACGACGUUGACGUGUACGGGAUGGUUUCCAGCCAGUUUUAGCUGAAACAACAGUUUCUUGUUGUUGUUGUUUUUGUUUCCUUGCCCUUCCUCCGAAGCACUUUUCCAUCCGCAGGGAUCCCAAUCAGUUCUUUGAAACCAACAAAUGUUUAAUUUUCCGUGGGUCUGUUCAUUUUAGAUGUCAAAUCUCAGAGAUGAAGCCUCUCCAUUUAUUACUUGUGUGCACUUAACAUGUCUGUGUUUGCUUUAAACGUUCCCCUUAUCCAGAAUGUUGGCUUUUAUCAAUAAUAACAUAUAUUUUUUUUCUCUGCUUUUUCACCUUAAGAUGUGUUUUGUUGACAUGUUUCCAAGACUUGCAUAUUUUUUAAUAGAUGUGUAUAUAUUGGAUGCUGGAUAUGAAAAGGAUUCAAACUUUGCAACUGUUUUGAAGAAUCCUGUUUAAUUGAUGUAAAUAAAAAAAUAAAAAAUAAACCUGCGGGUUUAGGGACAGGAUUUCUAUUUGAUUGGAUAUGUCCGACACGAAAUGUGCCUUAAACACACAUGAACUAUUUAUCACCACAGAAGUCAUCCUCAGUCUGACAUUUUGCCAGGAUGACACCGAAACUGUUGAGAAUACUUAAUUGAUAUUUGACUUAGGUUUUAAUUCCAGUGUUGUAAUUCAGUCCUGGUGCAUUAUUUCUCAGAGGUGAGCUUUUCUUUGUGUUGCUCAUUUGAAUGUUUAUGAAUAUUUUCAAUAAAGAUUAUUUUGAUAUUAA